GAUGGCAGCCGCGGGUCCCAGACCUGAGUUGUCAUCUCUUUCACCCACCCACUAGGUCUCUUUUCUUUGAAGAUUCACUAACACUCGUUCUUUCUCACCGGAAAGAAAGUUACCAACCUAUUAUGUUUUCGUCCUCACGCGCUGUGCGUGUUGUGGUCUCUUUUCUCUCUCUUUCCGUUUCUCUCCCAUACACCUUAGCAUCGCCAGCUCAAGGAAACAUUAACCGUCGUGCUUCUGUAUGCAAUGGUCACGCCGAGCUCUGCAAUCGUAGUUUUGGUAAUGUCACGUUUGUCGGGGCCCACGACUCGUACGCUGUGGGGAUAAACAGCAUUGCUGCCAACCAGGACUAUAACAUCACACAGCAACUAAACGACGGUAUCCGAAUGCUCCAAAUGCAAGCACACAACCUGAGCGGUGUAAUCCAACUCUGCCACACGACCUGUGGACUUUAUAAUGGCGGUCCACUUUCAACAUAUCUAGGAACAGUCAAAACGUGGCUGGACGCCAACCCUAAUGAAGUUCUAUCUCUACUCAUCGUCAACUCUGAUGACUUCCCUCCUACUGCCUACGAUUCUAUCUUUAAAUCAGUUGGACUUGAUACCAUGUCGUAUGCACCUACAUCAGCAGUUACACCUGCUACUCAGUGGCCUACCCUUGGCUCACUCAUCGACUCCGGAAAGAGGUUACUGACAUUUAUGGAUGCAUCAGCAGAUUUUACGUCGGUGCCAUACAUUAUAGAUGAAUUCACUAACAUUUGGGAGUCGCCUUAUGACGUUUUUACUCUGCCUUUCGACUGCAGCGUCAACCGUACAAAAGGCGACUCUUCCACAGAAAUGUACCUCAUAAACCACUUCUUCGACCAACUUAUCCUUGGACAGCCAGCUCCUGACCCUGAUCAAGCCAAUCAAACUAAUGCCGUCAAUGGUACUGGUUCUUUGGGUGCCCAAGUCGCCACAUGCGUUGCCGACUAUGGGAGGAACCCAAAUUUUAUGCUCGUUGAUUUCUACGAGUAUGGUGGAGGAUCGGUUUUUCAGGUUGCGGCGACUGCGAACAACGUCACAUAUAAUCCCAGCACCCCUAUUGCAGCGCCCAUUCCACAGGGUGUAAACACCUCUCCUGGCUCUGGCUCAAGUCCUGGGUCACAAUCUACAGGUGAUGGAUCGGUUAUGUUGCCUGCCGUGUGGAUAAUGCUUGCCACCGUGCUGUUUGGCACCUACUGUGUGUUGUUGUGAAGUCUUUAUAUCUACAGUUCUAUUUACACCGAGUCGGCUUCUGCUUGUCAUCUUCUGGUAUUUCACAUGACGUUGAACAUCUUAAAUUGCCAUAGAUUUACCAUCCUAUAAGAAAAAAAAGAACUACUCUUCCUCUCCACAACUCCGGACUUGAUCACCCCGCGACGACUGGACCGGCACUAUGGCUACCCAAAACCUGCUCCCACCACCCCACUAUAACCUGCGCACUCGGACAAAGACGUCGGGGACCUUUAGAAGGGCUAGUAGUGAGUCAUCGCGUUCUAACUUACCUGACAGUCCAACGCAUGCCGUACCUCACCUGAGCCCUGGAGGCCAGGGAGGGACAACCAACCUCUGAGCCUCGCGCUCUUACAGUGACGUAGUCAGAGUGGGACCCAACCUGUAACUACCAGGGCGAGGACUGGCCAAGCUAGAACU